CUCUGUUAUAUUCGAAGCGUCGUACGGAACGGGUGUUCGCUGCGUUCGGUUCCAGGAGGCUUCUCUAUAUUAAAGUGGAGUGAGGGUAUAUACUGUGUUUUGGGUUAAAGUGAAUGUGUAAAAUUUGGAUGGAAUUCUGAGGGUCUUGAUUGAAGGUGGAUAAUCUGCAUUCCAUGCAAAACUACAAGUGGAGAAAAAGUGCCCUGAUAUGUGGUGGAUGUGCUGACGAUAGUUGCGCAAAGUUUGACCUCUUCACGCGAGCGAGGAGGUUGAAAAACUAGGUCCCCCUGGGAAGGCCCACUGCUGCUGCUCCUGCUUCUUUGCUGUUGCUCGACUCGGUUGCGGUUGCUGGGUCACGGAAGCUGCGGUUUUUGCUGCUGCAGAUUUGAGCGCACUUGCCCACUGACAAAACAACGAUAAGAGCUGUUUGCUGGGUCAAAGUGAGUGGGAAGUGAAAAUCUUCGCUGAUGCUGUGCUAGCUGGAUAAAUUGUGCUAUUCGUGCGCUUUGUUCUGCUUUUCAUCGCAAAUAAGAUGCUUUCGGCGAGGGUUUAACAUAAUGGUAUGAAGAUAAAGGAUGUUGUGUUAUGAAUGAAUUAUAAUCAAAUGAGAUAAAAUAAUCAUUCAGAAGAAAACGGUUCAAAAGAGCUUUUUGUGAGUAGGGAUUACCAAAGGAUUGUGAAGAAAUCGUGCACAUUCCCAAAAGAAAUAUUCAACCAGGAUUUCGGGACUUUCAAGCACAUAACCCACACACCAGUAGAGGAAAACGCUGCCAAUCCGGAGAUGGUGUGAGCGAGCAUAUAAAGCCCCGACUACGUCAUAGAGUUAGCAGUACAAACGAGAGAGCGAGCACGUUGUCAGAUGGUAGUGAGUGAGCAACAGACUUCACUGAGGAAAUAGUGACGUCGUCUCUAGCAGACAUUGCGUGAAUAUAACGAUUCAUACCUGCUGCUGUUGCUGCUGCUGGAAUAUCAGAGCCGUGCGUAAAGUUUUCUAACGUGCAGUGAAUAACCAACCGAAAUUUCUCCUGCCAAUGAGCAGUGAGCAAAUAGAAAAGUGAGUGUGAGUGCGGCCUGUAGAAGGGUCAAUUGAACAGCGGUAGCUACUCGGAAGGAGAAAAUCCAAAAAAAAAGGAAUACAUCAAGGAAGGGAUCCGGGUUUGGGUUAAGGAAGGAGAACACGCCAGUGGGAGUAAACAAUUUUGAAAAAAAGAAAAAAUGGUGCCAAGGUCACCGUGACUUUGCGCGCUUGUUGAGAGGAAAUGAAAGUAGAUUUGCAUCACAAUAGUAACAACACCUCGUCGCCACACUUCUGGAUUGGUGCACUCUGGUGUACGUUCGGUGUCAUCAUAUUUGGUGCUGUGGCCGUAAUUUCAUGUUGGAUAAAAAGAUGCAGAUCCAGCUACCGUCGCAAAAAGAGAAAGAUGCGACGAGCGCAAUCGGCAGCGGAAUUCAACGAGCCGCGAACGGAAGUGCCAACUGUCACGGCAGCCAGCAAGCGAAUGCUGUUCAGAGGCCGCUCGGUUAGCUCCGACCACGACAACAACUCGGAAUCGGAACACUCCGAGCGAUCGCCGCUGGUCAGUGCCAAACUGGACUCGCUGGCCAAGCUGCUCUUCAGCCGAAGUUUGCUCCAGGAUGGAACCAGUUCGUCGUCAGCCAAAGACAACGAAUCGCCGACAAGGAACAACGUCCGCUAUCAGUAUACCGCUCUGGACAGCGGUAUCGGAGCUCCGGAUCGGAGUCCCCGGGAGCGAGCGGCGCGGGAUCGGGCAUUUACGGCGUGCCAGGAUUGGUUGCAGCACUCGGGAGGCCGUUACGAGGCGAUAGCACACCUAGAUGACAUCGGGUCACGCUCGAGCAAGCACUGGUUUCUGCUGAAUGAUUGUACGAUACGUACCGACCGUCUGAUGACGCUGCUUCCAUUACCUCCCGAUUGCAUUGCCUUAGAGGAGCUGCCACCGUCCGAGUGUCCGCAGGGCAUCCUGAUGGAGCUGCUCGGUUCGCUCCAGCAUCCGUACAUCUAUCCCGUGUUAGAUUUAGGCUUUUAUCCUACCGAAUCCCAUCACUACGCGUGUCUCGUCAUGCCCUUCAAUCAGCGCGGCAGCCUGAAGGAUCUCAUUUAUAAGUCCCAGUGGAACGAACCGUGGAGUCGAAAGUAUACACGAAAAUCCACCUGCUUGCCGCUGUCCCAGGUACAACGAUUAGGACGUCAAAUUUUAGAAGCUUUGUUAUUUCUUCGGGAGCGGGGCAUCCCGUCGCACGGUCAUUUGCAUAGCGGAAACGUUAUCCUUCAGAAUGGGGUUGCCAGAUUAUCGGGCCUGGAAAACGGUUUGCUCGGGCUGAACUCCCGGGUGAAUGCGGUAAUGUGGGCCCGCUCGGCCCCGGAUAUCGACAACAUCGACGUCAUCUGCUUCGGCCACUUGCUGUUCGAGAUGUGCGCCGGCUACGAACUGUCCUCACCCCAGCCAACCCCGGGCCACUAUCAGCUGGAUCUCGAACGCUAUCCACAGGUCGUCGACGUGCUGCAGAUGAUAUUCGAGUCCCCGGAUGGUCGCUAUCCAACGGUCGAAGAACUGGUCCUUUGUGAUAUAUUUCGCAAUAUCGAUUUAAGAGAACUGCGAGGAACAUGUGUGCCUUCCUUCAAGCAUGGUUUGAGUAGCUCUACGUUGAGUCUGUUGAACGCCGUACGCCGACGACAGGGCGCGAUACUGAGUGGAUCGUACAGCGAAGGCAGCUCGCCAUGCACUCCACCGUCGACGCCACGUGAGCGGAAAACCGGUGAUGUAGAAUCCUCCGAUCUGUCUAGUAGUGAUUCCGAAGAUCUGUUAGAUGAAAUAGUUAUAGCAUCAGCCCGUAUCGACGAUCCCGCCCAUUACGACCCACUGAGCUCGCCGAUACAUUACUGUGACAAUAACGUUCAGUCGGACGAUAACAGCAAUAGUAAUACAAUCAUUCGUAUAGAUUCGAUCGAGUCCCAGGGCUCAACGUCGUCGUCCGCUGGCUCGAUACAACUACAGCAGUUGAAUCCAUCGUCUGCGUACAAGAACCUCAAGUCACGCCGGAUGGAGUACAGCCGCCGAGGUAUGAUCCUCGGCCUCAGCAAUCCCUCUCAGGAUUCCGCCUUUGGUUCAAUGACCGACGGCGAAUCUUCCCGAGCGUCCAGCUUUAAACUCAGCAGCUUUGCAUCGAUGAAUUCCCCAAUCGACGAAGGGGUUGAAGACCUGCUGGUGGAAAAUGGGUCGGAAACCAUUGCCACCUCCAUGGCCGGACUAAAGUAUAUCGAUUCGACGGGCUCCUCUCCUUGUCACGAUGAUCACGCUAGCAUAUCACCCCGAGAUACUCAACCAGGGUCCUCAUCUUCACGUGAUAUCUCUCCGAAUCGUCCAUCGCGAUACCUAGAACCUCCAAAACUAGUGAUAAACAUUCAUUCAUCUACAACGACCAACGCUUCGCUGUGCUACACUUCAUCACCACUACGCAAAUGUGCCACAACGGAAGUAUUCUCUCAGAAAUACAGGGUAUCUUCAUUCGAAGACAUGUCCUAUACGUCCCGCACGGCCAACAAAUCUAUCAAAAAUAGCACUCGUAAGAUUUUCCGUUCAUUCGAAGAGGAACGCCGUAUCGAUACCGCAUUUAUGCCCAUUGAAACCGCUUCUGCCAACCACUCCGGGCGACAACAAGGUCAGAACCAACUACAGCAUAAGAAGCCACGUCAGCAGCCAAGUUCGGCUCUCCAUCAUCAACUAUCGUUACCCCCAACGUUGACUCCGACUUCUCCGAAGCAACUUGUUACUCCCGCUCAGUACAAUCAACUAACGAAGAAGAUGAACGCUUCGUUUCAAAAUCUUCAAAGCUUGUCCACUCCCAGGGACAAGACCUACCAGUGGCGAAACAAGCUCAUAAAGUCCAACGAAUGCCUGUUCGAGACGUCCUUCAAUAUGUCUCCCUCGUCAACGACCCAGAGCGAGAUCGACCGACUACUCAGCCACGGAAGCUCAACGCACGAACUGCCUACUACUUCCGCAGUAGCGGAGAUUGAGCGGUUCAUUCUGACCCCCGAACCGGUCGUUAUGAACACCAGACGGACCCGUGCCGACCGGCAACAACUGUUCAGCUUGGCCAAGUUCAAACACAGCACCAUCCUGGACAGUAUCUCGCUGGAGGACUUCUCCGAAGAAGGCAAACGCGAAAGUGAUCCAACCGUGAGCAGUACAUCCAACUGUUCAACCAAGAGCUGCUCCUGGGAAGACCGCACGGAGAUCGAAGCUCGGAAGCUGGAGAACUCCUCAACGGACGACACCAGCAGCGACCAGGACAGCAGCAGCGUGACAGACUCGCUGCUCCGGUCUCCCAUCAGCAGGCACGAUCAGCGCAGCCGCAGCGGAAGUAGCAGUGCGGCCGAAGUCCGAAAGUACCUUGACGACACUGCGGGCAGUGACGGAGGCUUCGGCAGUGGCAACGAGGAAAAGACGCCCCUCCUCGAGGGCAUGGAACUGUCGCCCAUCUCACCUACUGAGUCGGAACAAAUGUUGUGAUAAUAUAGUAGUUGUAGCGCUCCGUAAACUAUUUUUCUACCGAUUUUAAUUCAGUUUGAUAUGAGAUCGUACUAGUCUAAGACAAGGGGGAGAGGAGUAGAAAACCAAUUCAAAUUUUAGGAGGAAAACAGCGCGGUUUGUACUCUGGUGCGUAGAGGGGCGGUAGUGAAAUCGAUGAAACGGGGAACGAAGCCAAUACAGGUCUUUUAGGGAAUCUUUUAGUAAAAUAUUCUUCGUACGAAACCAAUUGUAGCA